AUGCCUAUCGUCGAAAUCGCCCACGUCGUUGAGCUCAUUGUCGUAGCCGGCAUCUUCGCCGGCACCAUCUCAACUUAUUGCAGGGACCAUCCCGGACCUGGCUGUGUCAACAAGCGCGAUCUCCUCCAGGACCUCGCGGCUUCGCCCGUCAUGAAUAAUGCUCGCGCCGACGUGGGCCCUUGCAACGUGCCCAAGUACAACUUCGACAUCUGCAACACCCAGCUCCACGACCAGGCCAACAGAGGGAUCAAGGUCCAAACCUCGAUUCCCUCCCCGGGCGUGGGGAGGUUUGACAACGUGCCGCCGGCCUGUAUGAACCUUGCCGUGGCCUUGUCGGGUUCCUGCACCGGCACUGGUCCUCGCCCAGUUCCUUGCGGCUCCGCAUGCAUGCAGUACACAGGCCUUACGGACGACCAGCUGCGCCAGAUCUCCAGCUACCUCAACUAA